GGGGAGGGACGCGCAGGGGCGGCUGCCGCAGCCCUCAGGCCACGGGGCGCGAUGCGGCCACGCUAACUUUGCCGGACGGAAGAGGAGGAGGAAGGGGGCUUUGAGCGACCGGGGCGUGGGGGCGGGGGGAUGCUGAGAACCAGUCAGGUCCUUGCGCCCGACACGUCCCGAGCCUUCCCCGGUGCGCCCCGCGGGGCGGCGAGCUAGGCGGCGGCGGCGGCGCGGGCUCGGCGCAGCGGCCCAUGUCCGGCGCGGGCGAAGCUCUGGCUCCCGGGCCCGCGGGGCCGCAGCGCUCGGCCGAGGCGGGCGGCGGCCGGCAGGGCUCCCCGGCCCACGAAAAAUGUGAUAAAGACAAUACUGAGAAAGAUAAAAAUGAAGCUACUAACAGCCGUUUCACACAUGGAGAGAUGCAAGACCAGUCCAUUUGGAGAACUCCUUCAGGUGGUGAACUCAUCAGAACCCAACCUCAGCGCUUACCGCAGCUUCAACCUUCCGCACAGGAACCAAGUGAGGAGGAACUUGGCAAGAUAAGGAACGGUGGCCACACAGGUCUGAGCAAUGGAGGUGGAAUUCACCACGGGGCCAAACAUGUAUCUGCAGAUAAUCGCAAACUUUCAGCACCUGUUUCUCAAAAGAUGCAUAGAAAAAUUCAAUCCAGCUUGUCUGUAAACAGCGAUAUCAGUAAGAAGAGCAAAGUAAAUGCUGUCUUCUCCCAAAAGACAGGCUCUUCACCUGAAGAUUGUUGUGUCCACUGUAUCCUGGCGUGCUUGUUCUGUGAAUUCCUGACCCUCUGCAAUAUUGUCCUUGGACAAGCCUCGUGUGGCAUCUGCACCUCGGAAGCCUGCUGCUGCUGCUGUGGGGACGAAAUGGGGGAUGACUGUAACUGCCCUUGCGACAUGGAUUGUGGCAUCAUGGAUGCCUGUUGUGAAUCAUCAGACUGUUUGGAAAUCUGUAUGGAAUGCUGUGGAAUUUGUUUUCCUUCGUAAAUAUUUAUCUUUUGUUUGUGUUAAAACUGGAGAACAUUUUAAACUUUCUUGUAAGGGGGAAGAGAGACACAUGGUAAGACUUUCAUGCAGCAACCCAGUAUUUGCACUGUUAACUCAUUAUUUUAAGUAGUCUCUGAAAGCCUGUUCUCUCACCAAAUCUAUGUGGUUUAAUAUGUGAAAGUUCCUAACUACUUCUUUUAACUACUUCUUUGCUCCCUGUAUAUUAUUUCUCAGUGGGUAUUUAAGCUGGACAGUUUAUUUUUGAUGUUUAACUAGUAGUGGUUAAAAGUAAGCAUCCUUUGUUUUAAAGUAACUUUGAAAAACAAACCCACACAAUACUUGGGCACCCAGUGUUGCUCUCCGGGCUCUCUUCUCUGUCUUCCCCACCUGUCCCACAGACCCGAAGGCCUACUGUGUGUGCUUCCCUCACACACUGCAGAAAUGGCUGUCGUUUCUCUGCUGUCCACAGGGGUGUGCAGUUCAGCAGAGGAAAGGCGCCCUAAAGAAUGAACCACAGCACAAGGCACACUGAAGUGAGGGUGAUGAGAGGGAACUCCGAGGGCGCUAGGAAUACCCAGAGAAGAGCUGCCAGGAUAUUCAGGAAGGCUUUAGGGGAGAUGUGGCAUUUGAAGAGACUUCUUGCAAAAAAAAAUGUGUGAGUCAUCUGCUUCUUGAAUGAGUUCUUUAGAUUUAGGGCAAAGUGUUAGGUGGACAGCUUGAACUGUGUGUGCCCUCAUCCAUUUAAAAGAAAAAUGCCUUCAGCAUACAUUUUUUUUUUAGUUGCACGAAAACAUCCUUUUUUAAAACUAUUAAAAUUUAAAUUGUCUCAAGUUAUUCAUUUUCUUACACAAGAUUGAAAUGUUAUUAUAAGAUUUUGGAUGAAAAGAUAAUACCUAAUUAAGAUAUCUUUAUUUUUUAAGGAAUAGAGUACUUCUGCCAAAUUUAAAUUAGGAGGUAUUUUAUAUUAAAAUCUCAGUCUUACAAUUUUGUUUUCCUAAAAUGUUUCCUAUUAUUUGAAGAGCUUUCAGUCUGUUGGAGAGAGGUUGUUGUUUGUCUUGAUUGUUUUUCUUAGCCAGUGUUGUAUUUUAUGAAUACAAACCAUUCCUUCCAGUGCAUUGGGAAUCUAGAUAUCUACUAUGACCAAAUUUCAGGAUUGCACUUUUAUGUUAGAUUAAGCCAAUAUGUCAUGUUAUGAAGAUCCUUAAGUAUUUUUAAAAAGUCAAUUACAAGACUAAUUAUGAGUUACUGAGACAUGAAACUGUGUAGGUCAGAUGAAAAGGGGAGUAAGUUUCCAUACUCUUUGCUCUCCUUCUGAGUUCAGUCACUCCAAAAUUGUACUUCAGUUCGACUUCAUGUAAUUCCUUGGAGAAGUUUUACAAAUGUCCUUUACGAUUAAUGGUUAUUUUCGGCUCCUCUGUCCAAAAUCAAAUUGUUAAUAACAGCAAAAUUAUAUUUUUCAGAAAUCUUUAACAAAACUAUCCAUUUUAUGAGAGUUUUUUAAACUGAAGUAUGGGAAUGUCAAAUAUGGUUCUUUUCUUUGAAAUAAAACCUAGUUUCUAGUUAUGUGAAUAUAAUUACUAUAAAGGUUCAAAAAGAAAAAAAAGUUAGCAAAUUCUUGAAUCCUCCUUUGCAUGCUAUUUACACACAGACACACAUGCACACAUACACAUAUGUAUACCUUUAAAUUGUUGAGUUUAAAUAGAAUUCUCAUAAACAGCUGUCUUCCUUUUCCUCCCCUCAUAUGCACCUUGCAUUUGUACAUCAAAUAUAAGGAAUCCUUUGUCCCAUUUCACAGAUACCAGAAUCUGAAUAUUUACAUAUGCCAGAGGUCAACUCUUGCUUAUGCAUCAGGGUGUAAGAAUAUCAUCUGUUUAUAGACAUAUAAAGUCUCCUAAUGAUCUGGAAUUGUUAAAGAUUUGAGCUUUUAUCCUGCAAAAAUUUUCAACCAAGCGGUUGAUAUUUAAAUGUAUCCUGUUACUAUUUGUGAUGAAAAUAUUAACACAUUUGAAAUAACGUUUCUCUGUAGCAGAGAACAUAAAUGGAUAUCAGAAUUUUAUUUUCAUAUUUAUAUUGUAUUUUUCCUCUGUUGUCUAUGCCAGGCAGUCAUUCCAUAAAUCAUUUUGUAGAGUUUAAAGAAAAAAGAAAAGUAGGCAAAUGUGAAUAUAGUUUCCAUAUAUUUUAGAAUUUCUAUAAGUAAAAUGGUUUGUUGACUUAUAUGGAAAUCAUGACUAAGUGCUAUAAUUUACAGUUAAUAGAUUUGAUCUCUUUUUAAAUGUGGGAACUUAAAUAUUUUUAAACUGGACCUGUGUUAUCCUAAUACACUAUUUUGAAAUAAAACAAAUGACUUCUUUA